UUAGCGUACGGAAAGUCAUUCCUCGAGCGUGUAAAACAGCCACGUUCUCGUAGAAUCAGCGAUAUUGUUUAUUUCGAAUUAUACGGGUCUUUUUAUAUGUAGCUUGUCAGCUGCUGUCAGCUGUCACUGAGACGCGACGCGCGAGUGUACAUACAUAAGUACAUACAUACGAAUAUCGCCACAUUUUCUAGCAGAAACCCGAACGAGAUUAAUUAUCCGAGCGACCGGAGUCAGCUGAUACACUGUCUCACUUCUAAUUAUCGACAAUUGUCUGUAUCAAUUAUUAUGGAUGAUCACAGCGCAGAGCUGGACGAGGAGACCGAGUUCUAUUACACGUUGUGUUUAUUCGCCAAUGUCGAAAAUACCUCCGAAAUACGCGAGAAACUCGUCGCCGGGGAGCUCCGCUGUUGCGUGGUGAAAGCCUCGCUGAUAACCGAUGCUCUUCAGGCGGUGGUGGCUGCCAAUAAAGCCGCCCUCAACGCUACGCGAAAUCGACUGAUCACGAGGACCGUGUAUACGGAGAUCUUAUUUUACCUGUCCAUGUCGAAGAACAUAUCCCGCUCCUUGUCCGAGUUUGGUAUUAGUGACAGCGAUAGGAACAUCCUGGUGAUACUGAUGCACAAACUUGGCGAGAGGCAAGCCAUGCUGGAUGAGGUCUUGGGAAGUGUCAAGGGGGAGAGGAUGCCCAUUUCGAGGUUACCGGAGUUUACAGAUGUGAAUCUAGUAAAAAAGACUUACAAGAUCGACGAGGACGAACUGCGUGUUUCCAGUCUCGCUGACGCUGUCGUCUCGAGGAUCAGUUGCAAGGAAUUCAUAUUACCAAAGUAAGGAUCGAAGAGAACGGAGGACAUCAGAGACAGCAAAAUGUCCAUGUACAUGUUAAUUACUAUCAACGAUAAGAGAAACUUUAUUUGAAAUAUACUUUAAGUAAACAGUG